GCAAUUAUGGUACAAUGGUGUUUAGAGUUGCGGCGGUACCGCCUGGUGGCGUUGUCGAUGAGCAUGUUCCGGUCAGAGAUGGCCAAAAGGAGAAAGGCCUGUCGUGGUUUGCACUGAUUUGUGUUGUGGUCGAAGGUUGGGCGCGGGAGACUAGCGGCCAAACAAAAAAAGAAAGGUUGGGCGACGCGCCUCCAUAUUAUGGUUCAUUCUCCACCAGAGUAUCACCGGCCACACAUCACCUGAGACAAUGGGAUCGUAGGUCAGUUUAUGCUACGACAAAUGUUGUAGAAUUGUCCAUUGUCAUCCACCGGCAACUCACCACCACCCAGUCACUACUGCAUAACCCGAGUCAAGAGAUAGACUCGGACGAACAAACAAACUUUAAUGUCCAAGUAGUUUAG